CUAACGUGUACACACUGUUUUCUAUACGCAUCAAGGCGGCCGGUUUUUACGUGUUCACUACACGUUAAGAAAUGUAUUCCUUACUGAAUAGGUGCAGUGCGCUGCUAACCAUCACGCUAACAAUGCUUUCUGUAUUGAUGUUCCUCUGCUUCCUGUCAACCGUAAAUGUUCGACCAUCAGCUUCAAUUGAAAUCAACGUUGAUCGUGCAAUGGUCGACAAAGCUGAUGAUUAUACACUCAAUAAAGGCUAUCACAAUGAUUUAGGUUUGGUUACCAUUGACUUAUCAUCUUCUCUAGAUCAUCUUUUCAACUGGAAUGUUAAACAAUUAUUCAUCUACCUCACUGCAGAAUACAAGACGUCAGACAACAAGUUGAAUCAAGUAGUCUUGUGGGAUAAAAUCAUCAAACGUGGAUCAAAGGCAGAAUUAGUGUAUAAGAAAAUGACUUCAAAGUACUACUUCUGGGACGAUGGUCACGGAUUAGUCGGGAAUGACAAUGUUACGUUAACACUUUCCUGGAAUACAGUCCCCAAUAUUGGCUGGCUCACUUUCGAUGUUGGUAAUGGACACCAUUCAUUUUCUUUCCCUAGUCAGUAUGUAAAUCUGAAAUAGUGAGGUAAUAAGAUCUGACAGAAACAAUAACUGUAACAUAAAUGAGUCUCGCCCUCUCUGGUUGGCAAAACUUUUACUGUCUUUUCUUUGUUAAUGUAUAUUUAAACUUACUUUUCUACUUUAUUUUUAUUAUUUGUAAGUGAUAUAUACUCUUUUCACAAGUAUUUAUUAUGUAUUAUCUGGGUUGGAAUAACCUUCAAAAUGAACACUGCUGAUGUCGGUUUUUUUGGUUAAUCCCAGUGAUACUGUUGUCUUUGUUGAAGUGAUAUCUCUUCACACUUGUUUGCUUUUUUUUCCUUAAAUAAUAUUGUGUUAAAUAGGUUAAUUCUUAAAAUUUAAUUAACUUACUAAUGUUAUAUUCAGUGAAAUGUUUUACCAAAAAAAAGAUUCCCUAUAAUGAAGAAACUUGAACAAAGCAAGAACUUUAUGAAUGCCUUAGUAUACCACUUCUCGCCAGUUGUAUAUAUAAUGGAAUAAUUUUACCAAAAUUUGAUGGAGAAGGUUUUGCAUACCAGUUGAUUUAAAGACAAACAGGCGCUAAUGUUGCCGGA